UCUAUAUCAUAUAUGUAUUUAUAUCUAUAAAUAUAUGUAUAAAUAUAUCUAUUUAAAAAAAUAAAGUUGACCUUCAUAUAUCGCCAAUAAUAUCGCGUGUGUAAAAAGAAACUAAUUACAUUUAAUUCUUUUUUUACAUUUAUUUAUUUUUUAUUAUUAUUUUUUUUACAGCUAGUUACAUUUAAUUAUUACAUUUACAUACAUUUAACUAUUAUUACAUACAUUUACAUAGAUUUAAUUAUUAUUUUUUUCAUAAUUAUAUCUCGUUUGAAAUAUUUUUCGACAUAAUUAAUUGUUUCAAAAACACAUAUUCCAGCCUUCUAAAUGAUUUAUUUUGCGUAUUAUACGAAUUAUUCCAUCUAUAAAUAAAUUGUUCUCUACACACACAAACACGCACACAGUCUGUUAAUUACACGAGUUAAUUGUAUCAUUUUUCUCGAUAAGUUGACAGAGCAAGGAAAAUGAGCGACGAACCUACCUACAAACUAAUCUGCUUCAAUGCCCGUGGUAGUGCCGAACAUAUACGGUACAUAUUUGCAUAUAUUGGCAUCGAGUAUACCGACGAGAGGAUCCCCGUAGAACUCUGGCCUGAAUACAAGGAUUCAAUGCCUUAUAAAAAGCUGCCUGUGCUGGAGGUAGACGGGAAACCGGUAGCGCAGGGUAACGCUGUGGCGCCUUACUUGGCGAGGAAGUACGAUCUAACGGGAAAUUGCAAAGGGGAUGCGCUGAUAUGCGAAGUGCUCGUCGAUACUCUUGAAGAUUUGGAGCAAGACGACAUGGGCGGACUUCGUAUUUGCAGCGGCCCUUGA